AUGUGGUAUCUACCUAUAGCUGAUAGGCUGAAGAGAAUGUAUCAGAGCAAGAAGACAGCAGCGGCAAUGAGAUGGCAUGCUGAGCACCAAUCAAAAGAGGGAGAAAUGUGUCAUCCAUCUGAUGCGGCAGAAUGGAAACAUUUUCAAGAGAUGCAUCCCCAGUUUGCCGAAGAACCUCGCAACGUUUAUCUUGGAUUAUGUACAGAUGGAUUCAAUCCAUUUGGGAUGUCUCGUAAUCAUUCGUUGUGGCCUGUGAUCUUAACUCCAUAUAAUCUACCCCCUGAUAUGUGCAUGAAUACAGAGUAUUUGUUUCUUACAAUUCUGAAUUCUGGGCCAAAUCAUCCACGAGCUAGUCUUGAUAUCUUCCUCAAACCUUUGAUUGCGGAGUUAAAAGAAUUGUGGUCAACUGGAGUCGAAGCAUAUGAUGUGUCUUUAAAUCAAAAUUUUAAUCUAAAAGCCGUGUUACUGUGGACGAUAAGCGACUUUCCGGCGUAUGGCAUGCUAUCAGGAUGGACGACCCAUGGUAAAUUGUCUUGUCCAAUUUGCAUGGAAGAUACAAAGGCUUUUUAUCUGACUAAUGGAAGGAAGACGUGUUGGUUUGAUUGUCACCGAAGAUUUCUUCCUCCUAAUCAUCCACUGAGAAAGAAUAGAAAGGAUUUCUUGAAGGGGAAAAACGCGGUAAAUGAAGAUCCACCUGAUUCUUUAACUGGUGAACAAGUUUAUUCAGAACGAUUAAAGGGUGUCAAUCCUCCAAAAACGUCUGUUUGCGGUGGAAACGGUCAUGAAAAGAAGAAGUCUGGUUAUGGGAAGUACCAUAACUGGCACAAGGAAAGCAUAUUUUGGGAGUUGCCAUACUGGAGGGACCUAAUUCUCCGACAUAAUCUUGAUGUGAUGCAUAUAGAGAAGAAUUUUUUUGACAACAUCAUGAAUACUCUUAUGAAUGUUAAGGGUAAAUCGAAAGACACAAUCAAUUCAAGAUUGGAUAUGGAAAUAUUUUGUGAUCGUCCACACUUACAUCUUGAUGGUUCUGGUCAAGCUCCAUUUCCUCCCUACACACUAAACGAAGACGAAAGGAGAAGUUUAUUGGAAUGCGUGAAACAUGCGGUUAAAUUCCCAGAUGGAUAUGCUUCAAACUUAGCUAAUUGUGUUGAUAUAGAAAACAACAAAUUUUCUGGCAUGAAGAGUCAUGACUGCCAUGUUUUUAUGGAGCGGCUACUUCCAUUUAUCUUUUCAGAACUCCUUGACCAGAAUGUUCAUCUUGCGUUAUCAGCAAAAGCCAAGAACAAAAGAUUUGCGGCCGGCUCGAUUGUCGAAUCAUAUAUCAACGAGGAGAUAGCUUACUUCUCAGAACACUACUUUUCUGAUCAUAUACAAACCAAAUCAAGGUUCACAAGAUUUGAUGAAGGUGAAGUCCCCGUAUAUCAUGUCCCUGGAGUACCUGAUAUAUUUACGCACGUAGGACAUCCAAGUGGAGAAACGCAAGAAAUAUGGCUUUCCGAGAAAGACUAUAGAUGCGCACAUGCAUAUGUUUUACGCAAUUGUGAUUAUUUUCAGCCACUUGAGAGGAUGUUUGAAGAUUUUCUUAGUGCAAAAUAUCCAGACCUCUCCGAAAAAGACCUCUCUGCGAAGAGAGCUGACGAAUAUCAUAUAUGGGUGAAAGAUUAUGUUAGCUAUUGGAGCAACACACAUAAUUUUCCUGUGUGGGUUAAAGAUAUUUCGAAUGGACCCCUGACUAGAGCCAGAACAUGGCCCAUGUACUUCACAAAAGGCUAUUUGUUCCAUACGCAGAAGCAUGGCGAGGGAAGAAAGACAUGUAACUAUGGUGUGAGUGUUAAAGGAGAAAGUUACACAAAUGCAUCCGAUGAAGCCAAUUACUACGGGAUAUUGACUGAUAUCAUACAAAUUCAGUAUGAGGGAUCGGUCAAUUUGAAAAUCACACUUUUUAAGUGUAAGUGGUAUGAUCCGGUAAUUGGUAGAGGCACUCGACGGAGAAAUGGAGGCAUCGUCGACGUUCUUUCAUCGCGGAAAUACUAUAAAUACGAACCAUUUAUUCUAGCGUUUCAAGCAGAUCAAGUUUGUUAUAUCCCGUAUCCGUACGUUAAGAAACCAAAGCAGUCGUGGCUCAAUGUUUUAAAAGUGAAUCCAAGGAGAAUCAUUUCAGGAGAAUAUGAAGAUAAAGAACCGACACUGUUGCAACAAGAAAAUGAUGAUGCUGUUUUAAUGACUACAAUUGAAGAACUUGCAGUCGACCAUUUGGUUCAUGCUCGGGUACAACCUAUAAAUCUUGAUAUUGAUGUGGAAGAUGUUGAACCAGAGGAUGAAUUCCAGUGUAAUGUAUCAUCGUCUUCUUCUGAUGAUGGAGAUGGAGAAGAACCCUAUUAA